AUGAAUAAUAAAAACUUAACGGAUUUGGAUUUAAAAAAAGUUCAUUUGAUUAUGAGUAAAAUUGAAUUCAUUUUUAUAGAGUUAAAGCACAUUUUAUGGAUGAUAAAAUUUAAGGAGAAGGAAUUCUUAAUACUAAGAAAGGAGAUUAAUAUAAAGGAGAAUUUUAUGAAAAUAAGAAGCAUGGCCAUGGAGAGUUUCAUACAAAAAAAGGAGAUAGGUGAAUAUUGGAAAGAUAAAAGAUAAGGAAGAGGUACUUAUUUCUUUCCUAUUGGUGAUAUGUAAAUUUACAUUUUAUUUAAUUUUAAUUAUAAUGGUUAAUUUUAAGAUGAUUAAAUGCAUGGUAAAGGAGAACUCAAAAUAUAGAAUACUGGAGAUAUAUAUACUGGUUCAUUUAAAAAUAACAAAAAAGAAGGAGAUUUUGAAAUCAAACAUUCCAAUGGAUAGAUUGCUAAAGUUACCUUUAAAAAUGAUUAAUUAAUAGGAAAUGUAAAAUCAAUUAUCUAAAAAGCAAUAAAAGGAUCUAUAUUUCAUGAUAGAAAACAAUGA